AUGAUAACUCUUCAGCUCAGCCCUCCCUUUCAUUCUCUCCAUAACCCUAACCCCGUCUGCUCCCAAUGCCUCAACCACACUAUCAAUUUCAACCCUUUUUCAAAGCCCAUCCAAUUCAACCGCACUCCUUCCAAAUCCCUCCUCAGAUCCUCCAAGAUCGUAUACUUAAAACGUACGAGGCCGCCAACUGUUCGUUGUUAUGGGUCCAACGAGGACAUCACUAAAACGACGGCAGUUAAAGACGAUGGCGGCGGCGGCGGCGGCGGCGGCGACGGAGAUGAGCGAGAAACGGGAGAAGGCGGUCGGCUUUUGCCGGAAUGGCUGAAUUUCAAUUCGGACGAUGCUAAAACGGUUAUUGCGGCCUUGGCCAUAUCACUUGCGUUUAGGUCGUUUGUGGCUGAGCCUAGAUAUAUUCCCUCCUUGUCUAUGUUCCCCACGUUUGAUGUUGGAGAUCGAAUUGUUGCAGAAAAGGUCUCAUAUUACUUUCGGAAACCAUGUCCAAAUGACAUUGUUAUUUUCAAAAGCCCGCCUGUGCUACAAGAUGUUGGUUACACAGAUGAUGAUGUUUUUAUUAAGAGGAUAGUUGCAAAAGCAGGCGAUAUUGUGGAGGUUCAUGAUGGGAAAUUGAUUGUGAAUGGGGUUGUCCGAAGUGAAGAUUAUAUUCUUGAAGCACCGAAAUAUGAAAUGACUCAAAUUCAAGUACCAGAAAACUCUGUUUUUGUUAUGGGGGACAAUCGAAAUAACAGCUACGACUCACAUGUUUGGGGCCCCCUUCCUUCAAAGAAUAUUAUCGGCAGAUCUGUACUUCGAUAUUGGCCACCUACUCGAAUCGGUGGCACAGUUUCACCCGAUGGCUGUGCUGUUGACAAGGAGAGUAAUCUAGCUGCUAAAUGA